UUUACUGACAGUCAAUUCUGCCUUUUGCCUUCUCUAAUUUGGAACUGCACUGAAAAUUCAAAUGAGAAAACAAUUAUAGUAAAACAGAAAUAUACAUGUUGUUUCUCCAAAACUCUUUGAUGAUCUUUGAAGAGGCCAUGAGGAGCCCAGACGAGGAAGAACUGACUGCCCCGUAAGUUGUUCAGUGUUAUGCCAAAAACUCAUACAGCGAAAAAAAUAACUCAUUUUUGGAAAUAAGACUGCUUCAGAAUUCAAGAUGUCAUCGGUAAAGGACACUCAAAUUAAAUAGUACAGUCUGUUUCUUACCUCAAUAUGUAACUAUUUGGAAUCCAAUUUUGAUUUCACAACUUCAAAUUACCUCUAUGCUUUAAAACCAUUCUCCCUGAGAAAGGGAGGUUUCAUUUACGAUGACAUCCAAUGUGCUUGCGAGUGUUCAAAAAUAAUGAACAUUUUGGACACAGCUAGCAGCAUAUAAUUAUUUUACAAAUGCAAAGAGCUGGUUGACAAAUAGCUGGUUUACAAAACAAACCUGUUUGAGAGAGUUAGAAACGAAUUCCUGAAAAUCAAAAAGUCUGUUGUUGCUGGUAAAUAAAAUAUAUGCUGAAAGGCUUUAGCUGAGAGGGUAUCAGAGAAUCAGAGUAAUUGUGAGCUUGAUUAAGAGAAUGGACGCAAGUCCAAGUGAUGUCACCUUUGACCGCUUAGUUUUAUCACUAGAUAAAAGAAAAGGAUGCAGUUCCUUCAGAGAAGUAUUAUUAGAAAAGAGAACUGAGUUAAAAUAUCCUAGUGUGUAACUGUCCAGAAAUUAAUGUCAGUUAUAUUUUAUUAAAUACAUUUUUAUUAAAUAUUGUCUAAGUCCUACUGCAUUUAAGUUCUCCUUUUACAAAGUCUUACACUUAUGUACUCGUAUCUUAAGAAUAUGCCACAAUAUAGCCUAGAAAUUUAAAUAGCCAACGGAGUUUAGAAAGUUGUUCAAAUAAAUUGCUGUAUCAGAGGACACAAAGAAAUAUUACAAAAAUAUUGCUAUACUUUUUUCUCCCACAUACUGCUUAAUUAAUCCUACUGUUGAUUACUAUUGUCACUGUUAAAGCACUUCUAUUGUGGUUUUGUUCAAAUAACGGCAUUUAUGUAACAGGAAAGUAAAUACAGAAUAAGAUAGCAUUUCAAACAAACACCAAUUUUUCAUGUUUUUAUGUUAAAGUAGUAACUUUGUGUGUGUUUAAUUAUCUGUUACAUGAUAGCUCUCGUGCAGCUUGGCUGUGUUCUGUGUUGGCUCUCUAACCCUGCCCCAGUCCCGCCCAGGACUCCACAGGAGGGACCUAGCCCGCCCCCGGAGACUAACCUGGGACACUCAUAAUAAAUCCCACCCGUCAGCGCGACGAGGCCCGCUUCUCUGAACGCGGGCUUGUCACCGACUGGUCCCGCUUCCGCUGUGUCCUGGCUUUGCCCCUGGUGACCCAGACAGGCCGGUGCCUGUGCAGUCACGGAGGAGGGCCAGCCGCUUCCGGCUCAGGUUGUCAAAGUGGCGCCCAGCCCGCCUUGCCGCGUGUUUUCCGGUCUCAGUCCGGCGUGGCAGGGCAGGGAGGCGCCGAAGCGCUUUCAGACCCGCUCUGUCAUGGCGGCGCCCUGACUCUCCUUCCGGCCAAUCCUGUCAUGGCGACACCCUGAGUAGCCACUUCCAGCCCCCUACGUGGUCCUGGCUCUUUUUCACUCCCCGCCGCUGUGGCAGCGCUCAGGGUUCACCGGAUGUAAAACAUCGGAAGUGAGGCGGGGCCUCUGCCCGGAAGCGAGCGCGGCGCUGGGAAAGAUGGCGGCGGCGGUGGCUGUGGGCAACGCGGUGCCUUCCGGGGCCCGGCAUUGCGGGGCUCGGCCCGGCGGGCAGCCCAAACCGGGGCCGCAGCCGCGCACGCUCCUUGCCGCCGGGCCGGCGCUCAUAGCGAGCGGCGACGAGCUGGUCGCCGCCGUGUGGCCAUACCGGCGGCUGGCGCUGCUGCGGCGUCUCACGGUGCUGCCGUUCGCUGGGCUGCUCUACCCGGCCUGGCUGGGCGCCGCGGCCACCGGCUGCUGGGGCUGGGGCAGCAGCUGGGCGCAGAUCCCCGAGGCCGCACUGCUCGUGCUCGCCACUAUCUGCCUCGCGCACGCGCUCACCGUCCUCUCGGGGCAUUGGUCGGUGCAUGCUCAUUGCGCGCUCACCUGCACCCCGGAGUACGACCUCAGCAAAGCAACCUUCGUGAAGGUAGUGCCAACCCCCAACAAUGGCUCCACUGAGCUCGUGGCCCUGCACCGUGAUGAGGACGAAGGUGGGCAGGAGGUGCUGUCCUUCGAAUUCCAGAAGAUCAAGUAUUCCUAUGACGCCCUGGAGAAGAAACGCUUCCUCCCCGUGGCCUUUCCUGUGGGAAACUCCUUCUCUUACUACCAGAGCAACAGAGGGUUCCAGGAGGACUCAGAGAUCCGAGCAGCUGAGAAGAAGUUUGGGAGCAACAAGGCUGAGAUGGUGGUGCCUGACUUCUCAGAGCUCUUCAAGGAGAGAGCCACAGCACCCUUCUUUGUGUUCCAGGUGUUCUGCGUGGGGCUCUGGUGCCUGGAUGAGUACUGGUACUACAGCGUCUUCACGCUGUCCAUGCUGGUGGCCUUCGAGGCGUCUCUGGUGCAGCAGCAGAUGCGAAACAUGUCUGAGAUCCGGAAGAUGGGCAACAAGCCGCACACGAUCCAGGUCUACCGAAGCCGCAAGUGGAGGCCCAUUGCCAGCGACGAGAUUGUUCCCGGGGACAUCGUCUCCAUCGGCCGCUCGCCACAGGAGAACUUGGUGCCAUGCGACGUGCUGCUGCUGCGGGGCCGCUGCAUCGUGGACGAGGCCAUGCUCACAGGGGAGUCGGUGCCACAGAUGAAGGAGCCCAUCGAAGACCUCAGCCCCAACCGGGUGCUGGACCUGCAGGCCGACUCGCGGCUCCAUGUCAUCUUUGGGGGCACCAAGGUGGUGCAGCACAUCCCCCCACAGAAGGCCACCACGGGCCUGAAGCCGGUCGACAGUGGGUGUGUCGCUUAUGUCCUGAGGACUGGAUUCAACACGUCCCAGGGUAAGCUGCUGCGCACGAUCCUCUUCGGAGUCAAGAGAGUGACUGCGAACAACCUGGAGACGUUUGUCUUCAUCCUCUUUCUCCUGGUCUUUGCCAUCGCAGCAGCUGCCUAUGUGUGGGUGGAAGGCACCAAGGACCCCAGCCGCAACCGCUACAAGCUAUUUCUGGAAUGCACACUGAUCCUCACGUCAGUCGUGCCCCCUGAGCUGCCCAUCGAGCUGUCUCUGGCCGUCAAUACCUCCCUAAUCGCCCUGGCCAAGCUCUACAUGUACUGUACGGAGCCCUUCCGGAUCCCCUUUGCUGGCAAGGUGGAGGUGUGCUGCUUUGACAAAACAGGGACCUUGACCAGCGACAGCCUGGUGGUGCGCGGCGUGGCCGGGCUCAGAGACGGGAAGGAGGUGACCCCCGUGUCCAACAUCCCCAUAGAAACGCACCGGGCCCUGGCAUCAUGCCACUCCCUCAUGCAGCUGGACGACGGCACCCUGGUGGGUGACCCCCUCGAGAAGGCCAUGCUGACAGCUGUGGACUGGACACUGACCAAAGAUGAGAAAGUAUUCCCCCGAAGUAUUAAAACUCAGGGGCUGAAAAUUCACCAGCGCUUUCAUUUUGCCAGUGCCCUAAAGCGAAUGUCCGUGCUCGCCUCCUACGAGAAGCUGGGCUCCACCGACCUCUGCUACAUCGCGGCUGUGAAGGGGGCCCCUGAAACCCUGCACUCUAUGUUCGCCCAGUGCCCACCCAACUAUCACCAUAUCCACACGGAGAUUUCCCGGGAAGGAGCCCGUGUCCUGGCUCUGGGGUACAAGGAGCUGGGGCACCUCACUCACCAGCAGGCCCGGGAGGUCAAGCGGGAGGCCUUGGAGUGCAACCUCAAGUUCGUCGGCUUCAUCGUGGUCUCCUGCCCACUCAAGGCUGAUUCCAAGGCUGUGAUCCGGGAGAUUCAGAACGCCUCCCACCGGGUGAUCAUGAUCACAGGUGACAACCCUCUCACUGCCUGCCACGUGGCCCAGGAGCUACACUUCAUUGAGAAGGCACACACGCUAAUUCUGCAGCCCCCCACAGAGCAAGGUCAGCCUUGUGAGUGGUGCUCCAUCGAUGGCAGCAUCGUGCUGCCCCUGGUCCAGGGCUCCCCGAAGGCACUGGCCCUGGAGCAUGCGCUGUGCCUCACAGGCGAUGGCCUGGCCUACCUGCAGGCCGAGGACCCCCAGCAGCUGCUGCGCCUCAUCCCCCACGUGCAGGUGUUCGCCCGCGUGGCCCCCAAACAGAAGGAGUUUGUCAUCACCAGCCUGAAGGAGCUGGGCUACGUGACCCUCAUGUGUGGGGACGGCACCAAUGACGUGGGUGCCCUGAAGCACGCUGAUGUGGGUGUGGCACUCCUGGCCAAUGCCCCCGAGCGGGCCGUCGAGCGCAGGCGGCGCCCCCGGGACAGCCCCAUCCUGAGCACCAGCGGUGGCAGGGCCCCCUCCAGGGCUGCUAAGCAAAGGUCGGGGCUCUCGCCCCCGGACGAGCAACUCAUCUCCCAGAGGGUGAGUCUUGGGAGGGGGGGCCACCGGCACCCCCCCUGUGGCGAGAUCUCACCCCCGGCGGCCGCCCCACAGGACCGCCUGAGCCAGGUGCUGCGGGACCUGGAGGAUGACAGCAUGCCCAUCGUGAAGCUGGGGGACGCCAGCAUCGCGGCGCCCUUCACGUCCAAGCUGUCGUCCAUUCAGUGCAUCUGCCACGUGAUCAAGCAGGGCCGCUGCACGCUCGUGACCACGCUGCAGAUGUUCAAGAUCCUGGCGCUCAAUGCCCUCAUCCUAGCGUACAGUCAGAGCGUCCUCUACCUGGAGGGCGUCAAGUUCAGCGAUUUCCAAGCCACGCUGCAGGGGCUGCUGCUGGCUGGCUGCUUCCUUUUCAUCUCCCGCUCCAAGCCCCUCAAGACCCUGUCUCGAGAGCGGCCCCUGCCCAAUAUCUUCAACCUGUACACCAUCCUCACGGUCCUGCUCCAGUUCUGCGUGCACUUCCUGAGUCUCGUCUACCUGUACCGGGAGGCCCAGGCCCGGAGCCCUGAGAAGCAGGAGCCGUUUGUGGACCUGUACAAGGAGUUCGAGCCGAGCCUGGUCAACAGCACCGUGUACAUCAUGGCCAUGGCCAUGCAGAUGGCCACGUUCGCCAUCAACUACAAGGGCCCGCCCUUUAUGGAGAGCCUGCCUGAGAACAGGCCUCUGGUGUGGAGCCUGGCCGUGUCGCUCCUGGCCAUCGUGGGCCUGCUCCUUGGUUCCUCACCUGACUUCAACAGCCAGUUUGGCCUCGUGGACAUCCCAGUAGAGUUCAAACUAGUCAUCGCCCAGGUCCUAAUCCUCGACUUCUGCCUGGCACUCCUGGCCGACCGCGUCCUGCAGUUCUUCCUGGGGACACCGAAGCUGAAAGUGCCUUCCUGAGACAGCAGUGCCAUCACCUAUUGGUUACCCUGCUGCCGCUAGGCAGGAGCCCCCUGUGGGCCCCACGAGGGAACACUGCCCCACAGCAAGGCUGCCCCAGCCUUGCCCACCAAGACUGAGCUGGGAUCCCCCGCCCAUGGCUGUCCACAGGCCUGGCUGGCAGAACCAGCCCCUAGGCAGCACCUUUGGUAAAUAAAGAAGCAUCCAUAAUUUUAA